CGACAUCGUGCUAGACAUCGUCGACGCUGGUCUAAUCGCUGUCGAUAUCACUUCCGCCUACACGUAACUGAGCGCCAACGCAAAUCACUACAGAUCGAUUGGUAGUUGGCUGAACCAUAGCAAAAUCUAGACUUUGACAUAGAGGAAAAGAACAAUGGCACCAGGAGACCUUACCAGCAUCGAUCAGGUUGUACAUCAAAUCACAACGGCCAAUAGCAUUCCAGCCCUCAAUGCUACUCUACGCAAUGGCUUGCCAAAAGAUACCCGCGAUCACAUCCUAGCAAGCGUGUUACCUGGUGGUCAAGAUCCGCUUUCGGUCUUAGACGUGAAGGAGAAUACUUUGGGAGUUCUUUACAUCCUGACUGCACGUAUGACGGUCCAAGGGGCGCCGCAGCCACCUUGGCCGGUGGUCCUCGACUUUUGCAGAAACUUUAGCCCAGAACAAGCUCGUCUGGCGCCAGAUCGCGUGACCAUCCUCGCCAAGGGUAUAAAAAGCAUAGCUAGCCAGUCAAAUAGCUUAAGGCUGGCCAUCCAACCACUUUAUAAUCUUGUCUCUCGCUAUCCUCCCGAUCCAUCGUUCCUGACCACCAUCCACGCCAUAUUUUUGACCACAUGUGUCACCACCCGCCAAUUCGUAGAAGCCCUGCCAGUACUCGAGAACCCCAUCUUCAACGUUGACACCAACCUUUCAGAUCUGCACUACAACGACAACCUCAUAUAUCACUACACAGGCGGUAUCGCGCUCGCUGCACUGAAACGCUGGCCUGAAGCCGAAGAGUACUUUGAGAUCUGCGUGACCAGCCCAGGCACCUAUCCUACGGCGUUGCAGAUGGAGGCUUUGAAGAAGUUGAAGUUGGUUCAGCUGAUAUCAAUAGGAAAGACAUCACCUCUUCCGAAAUACACCCACCCCCUGCUGCUCCGUCUGUUCAAGAACACCUCGUAUCACGCCUUCAUCAACGCCUACCCACAAAGCACCGAAUUGCUUCAUGAGAUAUAUGAUAAAGAGAGGCAGACCUUCUCUGCUGAGAAAAACUUGGGCCUGAUCAGCCAAGCCGUCGCCCGUGCGCCUCGCUGGGUGUUGAAGAAGCUGACAGCCACCUACGUCACCCUUCACCUCGCGGACAUUGGCAAAGCCAUCAAGAUCGGUUCAGAGGAUGAGGUCAGGGGGCUUCUGCUCAGCAUGAUCGAAUCAAACGACAUCAGUGCCCAAAUUUCCGCAGACGGGACUGUGACGUUCUCGGACCCGCCACCGCAGUUCACGAAGGAACAAGUUGAUGAGGCGUUGUUGGACGUUCAGCAGCAGACGGCGUUGCUUGGGUAUCUGGAACAGGAGACUGGGAGGAGUAAGGAGUUUUUGAACAAGGCUGUGAAGUUGAGAGAUGACUCUCCCUGGGCACCAACGGCGGACGAGGAGAUGUUUGUGAGUAUGAGUGGGAGUCAGGCGAUGUGGGAGGAGACGGUGUUUUCGUGAUCAUGUUCGUCUUGGACACUAUUGUUGCGCCACCACCACUACCGCUGCAUUUCUGGUUUCUGUUCUUUCCCUACCCAUUAAACUUCCCAUUGUACCAAAAGGUUGUACAUUUAUUCAAUCGUUGGAAAUUCUGUUCUUC